AUGGCAAAAAGUAAACAAAACAAAGAAGAUUUAAAAAAAAGAAAAUAUGAAUCAUCCGAUGAUUCAUCGAGUUCAGAUAGUAGCGAUGAUGAUAGUAAUAAAUUAAAUAAUAAUAAAAAUUUAAAUAAAAAAAAGAAAAUAAUAGAAAGUGAUGGCAAUAGUAGCGACAGCGAAAGCAACAAGAAUAAAAAUAAAAAUAAAAAGGAUUCAUCGUCAUCAUCAGACUCGGAUUCAUCAUCAUCAUCAGAUUCAUCAUCAGAUUCAUCAUCAUCAGACUCAUCAUCAUCGGAAAGCAGCGACAGUGAAAAAGAAACCCUCACCAAUAAAAAACAAGAAAACAACGGCACCGAUAGCAGUGAUAGCGAUAGUGACAGCAGCGAUGACGAGAAAGACAAAUCAAAGAAAAUGAAAAAAGAAAGUGACAGCAGUGAUAGUGAUAGUGAUAGUGACAGCAGUGAUAGUGAUAGUGAUAAUGACAAUAAAAAACAAAAAAAAAAUAAUAGUGAUAGUGACAGUGAUAGCGACAGCGAAAGUAGUAACAACAAAGAUAAAGAAAGCAAUAGUGAUAGCGACAGUAGCAGUGAUAGCGAUAGUGAUAGUGACAGCAAAGAUAGCGAUAAAGAAUCUAAUAAUAGUGAUAAUGAACCAAUAGAAGAAAAAGAAGACGAAGUUUUAAUGGAUAUCAGCAAUAAAGAAAUUGAUUUAAAUGAAAUAACAGAAGAUUUAUUAAAUUUAUUAUUAGGUAAAAACUCUAAUGGUAUCACAUCAACAUUAAACUAUCCAAAUAAAAAGAGAAUUUCAAAGAAAGCUAAAGAAGAGGAAGAAAAAGAUUACUUUAUUGAUAAAUCAUCCAUACUAUCAACUAGACUUCUUUUAUUAAUAAAGAAAACCUUAUCAUUACAAAACAAUACACCAGUUUCAUCAUCAUCAAUUUCAACAUUAAUUAAUCAAUUAUCAUUUUCAUUAUCUAAUAAUAGCAAUAACCCAGUUUCGACCUAUAAUGAUUUAUCUUUAUGGAAAGAUAUUCAAAAGAAUAACCAAAAAACUUUAAAUGAAAUUGAAGAUAUUAAACAAAAUAAUGACAAAAAGGAAACAAAUAUAAAUAACAAUAGUAAUAACAAUAAUAGUAACAAUAAAAUAAAUAAAAACUUUAGAGAAUUUUUUGUAGAAAGAAUGACAAAUCAAUUUGGCGAUGAUUUAGAUAAACUCAGAGAUGACCCAUAUUACAAGGACAGUAUGUUAACAAUGAUUUUAGAGAGUAUGGAAUCCGGUAUCGAUUUAUACACAACCCAAGAUAAAUUAUUGUUGUUAAAAUCUUUAAAAAAAUAA